AUGCCACCAAUGGAAGUAUCUCAGUUUCCGUGUUCUUCAAAAACAUAUGGAUCCUCCGGGGCUCGAAAUUCUUAUGAUGAUAACGCCUUAACUUCACACGUUUACUAUCCAAAAACGAAAAAGGAGCGUAUUAAUUUUAUCAAUCCAAAAACCGGAAAAAUCGUCACCGAAUUUCAAUACAAGAUACCCGAAGGUUACGUUUCAACAUACAAGUUGCUGUCAAACGCCCUUAAAUCAUCUCCUCGUGCUGUGGGUGGCGCUUUGCGUGUUAACCCAUUUGCGCCUAUGCCUGUACCGUGCCAUCGCGUAAUUGCUUCCAAUUUCUUCAUCGGCGGAUUUGACGGUGAAUGGUUUGAUAAAAAACAAUUCGAUAACGAUGGCGACGAUAAAAUUAGUCAUAAACGCAGGUUAUUAGAAAACGAACAGAUUUCUUUUGAUGAUAGUGGUUGGUUGAUAGAAUGGCAAAAAACAAAAUGUUUGUUUACCGAUUUUUCUAGCCCAACCGAUGUCUCAUGA